CUCCGUAGCUUGUGGUGGUCGGAACAUGGAGAACUUCUCACUUCUCAGCGUCUCUAGACCUCGAAUCUCUUCCUCUGCCCUGAGUGCUUUUCCUGACAUUAUGUCCUCACUUGCCACCAGCUUGCCAGGAAAAGAACGCAGCAGGAACGGAUGUCUUGGCCUGUUCUUCCCAUCCCCUCAUCAACCGUGGCCUCUCAGCCACCGUCAAGACUUGGGGAACGCCCAGAAUGGGGAGCAGCUGAGGCGAAACUGCACCAUCUACCGGCCCUGGUUUUCCCCUUACAGCUACUUCGUAUGCACAGACAAAGAGAGCCACUUGGAGGCUUAUGGGUUCCCAGAGGUGGACCGGGAAGAGGGCAGAGGCGACAACUGCCUUAUUGAGGAUGUGGCUGAGAGUGUCUGCUCGUCUUCCUCCUCCCAAGAGAACACGUACCCCAGGGAGGCCAACAAGAAAUCCAAGCAUGGUUUGGAGUCUAUUACAUCCCAGGACAUCCUAAUGGCUUCCAAGUGGCACCCAGCCCAACAGAAUGGCUACAAGUGUGCGGCCUGCUGUCGCAUGUACCCCACUCUGCACUCCCUCAAGAGCCACAUCAAGGGGGGCUUCAAGGAGGGCUUCAGCUGCAAGGUAUACUACCGCAAGCUCAAGACUCUCUGGGGCAAGGAGCAGAAGGCCCGGCCAGGAGAGAGGCUCUCCUUGGUCAGCUGCCAGGCCUUCAAGUAGUCUGCCGACACCUCAGGUAAAUAGGGAUGAGGCCUACUUAUGCCUCUGGAGAGGUAACAAUAAAUUGAAGUUAGUCAUAGUA